GGCGCGGCGGUGAGGGAGGCGAUGUCCGCCAUCUUACCGCUCCCUCCUCCCCCGGUGCGGCUGGAUUGAAUGAGCCCGCUGCCCGCCUGCCCGCGAAUUGAGCGCCAUGUCAGGCACCCCGAGCCGCGGCACCCUCGGCGGGACCCCGCUGUCGCCGACUCGUAUCUCCCGGCUGCAGGAGAAGGAGGAGCUGCGGCAGCUCAAUGACCGCCUGGCCGUUUACAUCGACCGUGUGCGGGCGCUGGAGCUGGAGAAUGACCGGCUGCUGCUGAAGAUCUCCGAGAAGGAGGAGGUCACAACCCGGGAGGUGAGUGGAAUCAAGAGUCUCUAUGAGUCUGAACUUGCUGAUGCUCGAAGAGUUCUGGAUGAAACCGCCAAAGAGAGGGCUAGAUUACAGAUUGAAAUAGGAAAACUGAGGGCGGAACUGGAGGAGUUCAAUAAAAGCUACAAGAAGAAAGAUGCAGAUUUGUCUGUGGCUCAGGGUCGCAUUAAGGAUCUUGAAGUGCUGUUCCACAGAAGUGAAGCAGAACUCAAUACUGUCCUCAAUGAGAAACGCAGUCUGGAAGCUGAGGUGGCUGAUCUGCGUGCCCAGCUUGCUAAGGCUGAAGAUGGUCAUGCCGUGGCGAAGAAGCAGUUGGAGAAGGAGACACUCAUGCGUGUGGACCUGGAGAAUCGGUGCCAGAGCUUGCAAGAGGAUCUGGAUUUUAGGAAGAAUGUGUUUGAGGAGGAAAUAAGGGAAACAAGAAAACGACAUGAACAUCGUUUGGUCGAGGUGGACACUAGUCGCCAACAGGAGUAUGAAUCCAAAAUGACUCAGGCCCUGGAGGAUCUGCGAAAUCAACAUGAUGAACAAGUCAAACUGUACAAAAUGGAGCUUGAGCAGACCUAUCAGGCUAAGCUGGAGAAUGCCAAACUGUCCUCUGACCAAAAUGACAAAGCUGCUGGUGCAGCUCGAGAGGAGUUGAAGGAGGCUCACAUGAGAAUAGAAGCUCUCAGCUACCAGCUUUCUGGCCUUCAGAAACAGGCUAGUGCAGCAGAAGACCGCAUUCGUGAAUUGGAGGAAAUGAUGGCUGGUGAGCGGGAAAAGUUUAGGAAGAUGCUAGAUGCAAAGGAGAGGGAAAUGACAGAUAUGAGGGACCAGAUGCAGCAGCAGCUUACGGAGUACCAGGAACUGCUUGAUGUUAAAUUAGCACUGGACAUGGAGAUCAGUGCUUACCGAAAACUCCUGGAAGGAGAAGAGGAAAGGUUGAAGCUCUCUCCAAGUCCCUCCUCCCGUGUUACAGUCUCUCGGGCUACCUCCAGCAGCAGCAGUAGCAGUACUCCGCUUGUUCGCUCUUCCCGAGGCAAGAGAAAACGUAUUGAAGCAGAGGAGCUUUCAGGCAGUGGAACAAGUGGAAUUGGCACUGGAAGUAUUAGCGGCAGCAGCAGUAGCAGUAGCUUCCAAAUGUCCCAGCAAGCUUCAGCUACAGGAAGUAUCAGCAUAGAAGAGAUAGAUCUGGAGGGCAAAUACGUUCAGCUGAAGAACAACUCGGAGAAGGAUCAGUCUUUGGGUAACUGGAGACUGAAAAGACAAAUUGGAGAUGGAGAAGAAAUUGCUUACAAAUUUACUCCUAAGUAUGUCCUCAGAGCUGGGCAGACUGUAACAAUUUGGGGUGCAGAUGCAGGCAUAUCUCAUAGCCCCCCUUCUGUUCUCGUGUGGAAGAAUCAAGGCAGCUGGGGCACCGGAGGAAACAUCCGCACAUACCUUGUAAACUCUGAAGGAGAGGAAGUUGCAGUGAGAAGUGUUACUAAAUCAGUAGUCGUGCGAGAGAAUGAAGAGGAAGAGGAUGAAGCAGAGUUUGGAGAGGAAGACCUUUUCAACCAACAGGGGGAUCCCAGAACAACCUCUAGAGGAUGCUCAGUGAUGUGAAGAAAGAAAAAAGAACCUAUUGUUUGCUAUUUUUUUCAUUUAUUUCCUUUUAAUUUUGCUAUUUUUUUCCCUCCAGAGCCACUGAAAACUAUUUUUAUAUGCAUCUUCUGAUUUCUUUGAAGUUUACUCCUUGGUACAUUUUUAUAAAAAAAAAUCAAAAAAAAAACUUUACUGAACAAAACUGCCAGAAUUUUUAAUAGAUUUCUUUAUUUUUCCCUCUUUGUUGAAACACUAUAUUGGAAUACAACAUUUUUCCCCAUACAGAGUUUAAAGUCUUAUGUACAAACCUGCAGCAGAAAAGAAAUUUUUAGCUAAAAUAGGAUGAGACUCCUUGAGUGUACGGUAAAACUAUAAUUGCAUAUAUAACCAGGAUAACUAAAAAAAAAAAAGAAAAAAAAGUUUAAAAAUGCAUGUGGAUCUGCAGGGCCCCAGGAGAGAUUCACAGUAGUGUUUCCAUCUUGCCUCGUAUCCUCAGCAAUGCCAAGCUUAGGAAAAUUAGACCCCACGUUCAUUAAAAAUGCUACUCCACCUAUGGAAGUAAUGAAGGGAAGCUGCAUUUUAGAUAUUCUUGGCUCAGGACCAUGGCAUCUUGUCCUACUCCAGAGUUUGACAGCCUAGUGAUAAAAACAUGGGAGCCUGUCAACACCUUAGCUCUGUAUCAUUAUUUUAGAAGAUGGAGAAUGAUGGGUGAUUUCUAUUUCAGUUUGAUGCAUUUUGUAUCUGACAGCGUCCCUUUAGCUUAAGGUUUCUUCUGCUGCAUUUCUGUGGAGAUAACUCUCGACUCCCAUAAGGGUUAGUAUGCAUACAGUAAUGCAUCUUUAAGCACUAGGAAAAAUACUUGACUGCUCCAAAGAAUGUAUUGGCUAGUGUACAAGCAAAUGGGUUUUUUCACUAGUUAUUAGUUUGGAUACAAAAUUUGGAUACCAUUUGAUGCCAGCAUAGAAUCCUGUUUUUACCUGCACUCUUGAACUCUGAUCCUGUCAUUCAAAUAGUUUAGACUCAUCAAAUAAGUGACAAGGUUUGGAUGUUUUCGGUGGCUUUUGGACAUUAUGUUCUCUGAACAGUAUUGUGACUGACAGAUAUAACCUAGAAAGUCAGUUUAGUGGCUUUGACUGAUGGCUUUGUAAUGCAAGCAGGGUGGGAACAAAAGGGGGUUUUUAAGCUUAUGGAUUUAUUUUGCCACUUAAAAAUAAAUCAAAGAUGCUACUUUUCUCUAUUUGAGUGGGAUGACUGAAUUACUGAAGUUGAACUAAUAGAAAUUUAGAAUUAUGUUUUAAUCUGUUAUCAGAAGAUCCAUUACAAAAAAGCAAUAUGAAGAUUUGGCUGUUUGGGCUAAUGGGAUAACUUUAUUGAUGUACUUGGCCGUUUUUCUAAUGUAAUUUUCCCACUCUGCUUGAGUAGAAGGUUAAAUAUGUAGUAAAUCAUGUCUAUCUCUGUAAAGUGUAUCUAGUGAAAUUAUGUUUCUCAGACAUACUGUUACCAAUUACCUUUUCUAAAUUUGUUGUUAUCCAAAUGAAUGCAAUCAAUGUAGAAGUAUUUUUGCAGUACACCUUCCAACCACUGGACAGCAUUUCCCUUUCUGACCCACAGCUUCUAUAAUAUACUUAGAUAAUGUUUGAGGGCUUUUUGCUUCUUUUUUUUUUUCUAAAGGUCUGUAUUUAUUUUUUUUUACAUUGGCCAGUUUUCAGAUUGCUUAUUUUUCUUCAAGAUUGUCCUGUAAAUUUAAGAUUGUUCUGUGAUCUUAAAUACUAAAGCAAUGAGUGUGUAGUUCAUUUGCAUUUUUUCUGGGGUUGGUUUGUGGUUUUUUGCCUGUAAAGAAUGGGCUAGAAAAGGCAGCUUGAAUGAGGAAAAACCUCUUGCUACCUGAGCCAUAGUUUUCUUAACAGCUACUGUAUGGGAAAUAUGUCUUCUUGUAGCCAUAAGGACUGGUGCUUGCAGAACUUUUGUGAACACUUCAGUAACAGUCUGCAGAAUUUGUCCUUAGAUUUGGAACUGUGUCCUUUAACUUUGGAAACAGUGUAUUUUAUUCUUCAGUACCCUGUUGAGGUAUAUACAGGUGUUCAUAUAAAACAGUGAUUGACACUCUGGAAAAAGCUGAAUGCCAACAGGCUAAAUGUGGGUGAUUCUGUCACCACAGUGCUUUCUAAAAGGCUACUAAAAAUAUGAGAAAUAAUUCCAAGUUGUAAAUUACAAGACACAGAAAAACUACUGUAUUCCGCAUACUUUUUUUUUGUGCACAUCUUCUCUAGAUGCCAUCCUUUCCUCUUGCUUUUGGUGCUGAGCUUCAGUAUAAUGGCACUACCCCUUUAAAGUCAGUGCUCCAUACUGGGAGGUUUUUUGGCUUUACCAAACCAAAAUGCAUUCUUUUUUUUUUUUUUCUAUCUUUCAAUUAUUUUUUUUUCAGGAUAAUUAAAGCUUUUUGUCCAAAUAAAAUCCAGUGUUCCCUUGCCCUCUUUUCCUAUUUGAUCCUGUAUGUGAACCACUCUUGAAGAAGUUGGAGGAUAGUCAGCAUUUCUACUCCACUGUCUGAUACCAGGUGUAGACCUUGAAGGAGAAAUAAAUUUGACUUGUUAGGAGAAAAAUGAUUUUAAGGCUUCUCUGAUUAGGGAAAUUAACCGGUAUAGCUUUUAUCAGAGUAGUUACUUGAGUGUAACUACCCAUAUGGAUGUUCUUAUUCCAGAAAAAUAAGCAAACAACUUUAUUCUGGAUGCAAUAGUAAAAAUGAUUCCUAAGUGAUUCUCACUGGUUAAGAGGGGGAAGGAAUAACAGCGUAACUGGAGCAGAAUAGUUGAGCCAAUCUUUUUGUUGCGUAGAUCAUAACAGAAUAUCAUAUAAAAUAUCAUAAGUGCAUACUACCUACUCCUAAGAUCAUACCCUCUGAAAAUGCUUGUGUCAGAACAAGUCCAUCCAUCUGCAGAACCGUCGGUAACGUGGCGUCCUGCAGAGCGGGAUGGUUACAGAGAGCCUCUGACGUUUCAUGCCACUUUUCUCCGGUGCUUCUGUACUUGUUACUUUAGGUGUUGUGUUGCAGUGAGUUAUUCCAAGCAAUAGCUACAAUUCCAAGAGUAGCUACAAUUCCUUUGUUGCUGCACAGCUUUAUUUCGCAGUGCAUCUACUUAGGUUAGUUCCGAACUCUAGAUUUGCCCUGACAAAAACAGUAGUUUACACUGAAGCAUCGAUCGCUUGUCUCCAGCACCGUUUUGCCGUUAGAUGGGAGUUGGCAGGCAGAGUUUGUGUUUGUAGCAGGAACCAAAAGUCUCAGGAAUAAACUAAACAUCUGCUUCCCAUGACCUGUAAUGUAAAGGCCAGACGAGCUUGUCAUGACAGCUUGCAUUAGUCAUGAAAAUUGUAUUGCAGCGUGAAGCAGACUGUACUGUGAAAGGAGAUCGCUUAAUGUGCAUGUUUAUCCUUGAGCAACAGGACACCUCAUGGUCAGUUCAGGGAUCUUACUGUUUUUUAUACACCUUUUUUUCUUCUUUUUAAUGCUCAUUCUGUAUAAAGGCCCUUUAACUGCAACCUGAACAGGGGUUAGUUAGAAGAGGCUUGUAGAAAUCCUCUCUAUACUCCAGAAUAUUUGAGAAUGUUUCUUUUGUGUGCAUCAGAAAGAUUUUGAUGCUGUAUGAAAACAUGCAUGCUGUAUGUUUUGUAUCUUUUUGUAGCCACUUCUCUCACUUCCUCACUGUUAAGCCAUUCUGUCUCUUCUUUCUGUAUGUUCUUUUGAAAGUCUUAUUUCUAAACAAAGGCAUAUCCAUAUUUGAUACUGGAUUUUAUUGCCACUGUUGGGUCCAAACCCUGUGUGAGCAGGAAACAAACUGUUCUUGUAAACCAGUGAGUGGAAGGUGAGAUAGCGAUUGCAUUUUUCAAAGCAUUGUUUUAGCUGAAUGUCAAGACAAAUUAUAUUGGAAAGUUUCUUUUCUCACUUAAAAUGGCCUGGGAAACAGAAUUUUUAUUUGCCCUUCAAUAUGCUUAGCUUUAAACCAGUUUAAAAUAAUUUAAAUGUGGGUUUUUUUAAUACAAGACCAUAUUUACAUGCAAUUAUUAUUUGUAAACAUAAUGCCUUUCUUGAAAUGCUAAGGUCUAGAGAUUGAAAAGGAUGCUAAUUAUUCAAAGACUCUGUUCAGAACAGCACAAGCAGUGAAUUGACUUGGAGUUCAGGAAAAUGUGUUUUAUUGAACUUCCAAAUUUUCUAGUUUGCUUUUAAUGAAGUGACAAUUCUGUGUUGAUAAGGUAGAUGUUACUGUGUAUUCCAGCUACCCAGAUCAUCGUUACACUAAAAUUACAAGCAAUAAGCUAUUUAAGUUUGAGCCAAAAUGCUUUCCAUUUGGGCACAAUAGUACCUUCUCAGCUGAACUCUUACCUUCAUAACAGUGAUGCCUUGUGACUUGAAUUGUGAUUUUUUUAUUUUUUUAUUCUUUUUAACACAAUCUUUAUUUAGAUAGCUCUGGUUCUAGGUCACUGGUCGCUUUAACUGACCACCUCCAGUCACCUGCUGUGGACGAGUUUUUGGAAGGUUCAAGUUUUUAAAAUAAGAAAUUGUGAAAAAAGUUGCAAAUUGAAAUACAAAGACAAAAUUAUGAAAAUGUUCACAUGGAACUUCAGAAAACUACAUAAUGAUCUAGACUCUAUCAUUUCAAAGUGGGGUUUUUUUUUCCUUUUUAGAAUAUGCAUGCCAAAUGUCUUGUCUUUUUCAAUGAUUUGUAAUAUACAUUUUAUGACUGGAAACUUUUUGUACCACACACUCGAAUAAAUGUUUUGCAUUUUG